AUGGUGCUCCCCUUCACCCUCUGCCUCCUGGGCAGCUCUGCUUGGCUCCUGAUCACCAGGGCUGGGGCUCAAGUUGCCCGGUGCCCGCUCCCACAGAUCCGGUAUGGGACGAGAGUACCCUCCACUCACUUUCACCCCAGGCGCGGGGACACCGUGAGCUUCACCUGCAACUGGGGCUACACCCUGCAGGGCUCCCGCACCAGCACCUGCGGAGCUGACUCCAGGUGGAACCCACCCCUGCCAGUGUGCAAAAAGCAGGCGAUGUGUCCUCGGCCACCGAACAUCGCCAACGGGCUGCACACAGGACAGUCCCUGCACAAGGUUUCCCGGGGAGGGGCCGUGCACUACAGCUGCAGGGAUGGAUACACACUGCUUGGGAACGCGUCCAUCACCUGCACAGAGGCUGGGCUGUGGAGCCGGCCCCUGCCCCGCUGUGAAGCAAUUGGCUGUAAGAUACCCGAGGUGCAGAAUGGGAAGGUCUACGAUCUGCAGAGCACCUACAAAGCUGGGGAGACUCUUCACUUUGACUGUGACACUGGUUAUGCUGCAGAGGGCACCUACAAGGCUCGGUGCCAGCCUGGGGGCACCUGGGAUCCGCCAGUGCUCAUCUGCCAGAGGGUCCGACCCUGCCCCAUGCCUCCAGAGAUCACCAAUGGAAACCACAACGGCCAGGGCAAAGCAUUUUUUACCAUGGGAAUGUCUGUAAGAUACACCUGCAACCCUGGCUAUUACCUGGUUGGAAAUGCUGAUGUAUUUUGCAGACUAUCAGGGAGCUGGAGCCAGCCUGGCCCUCGCUGUGAAGAGGUGACGUGUCCUCGGCCACCGAACAUCGCCAACGGGCUGCACACAGGACAGUCCCUGCACAAGGUUUCCCGGGGAGGGGCCGUGCACUACAGCUGCAGGGAUGGAUACACACUGCUUGGGAACGCGUCCAUCACCUGCACAGAGGCUGGGCUGUGGAGCCGGCCCCUGCCCCGCUGUGAAGCAAUUGGCUGUAAGAUACCCGAGGUGCAGAAUGGGAAGGUCUACGAUCUGCAGAGCACCUACAAAGCUGGGGAGACUCUUCACUUUGACUGUGACACUGGUUAUGCUGCAGAGGGCACCUACAAGGCUCGGUGCCAGCCUGGGGGCACCUGGGAUCCGCCAGUGCUCAUCUGCCAGAGGGUCCGACCCUGCCCCAUGCCUCCAGAGAUCACCAAUGGAAACCACAACGGCCAGGGCAAAGCAUUUUUUACCAUGGGAAUGUCUGUAAGAUACACCUGCAACCCUGGCUAUUACCUGGUUGGAAAUGCUGAUGUAUUUUGCAGACUAUCAGGGAGCUGGAGCCAGCCUGGCCCUCGCUGUGAAGUGACUGUCUGCAUCAAUCCAACCAUAGCAAAUGGGAGGCAAGUUGAUGUUCAAGGACUUAUCUCUGCACCUGGGCAAACGCUGACAUUUCAGUGCCACGAUGGUUACAGCCUGCAAGGCAGUGCCGAGGUCUCCUGCCAGGAGGAUGGCAGCUGGCAGCCUCCUCUUCCUGUCUGUGAGAGAUCAUUCCUUUACCAGAACUCUUUAAAUAGGCACGAAUCUCCAGGUGGUUGUGGCCCCCCCACAAGGUUACACUUUGCUGAGCUAAAUGAGGAGCAUAGAAAUACGUUUGAUUUUUCUGUUGGGAAGACUGUGCAAUACACUUGCCGAGCUGGAUAUGCUAAACAGCCAGGAAUGUCACCUACUAUUACAUGCCUUGAGAGCGGAGUGUGGUCAGAAGCACUAGAGUUCUGUAAAAGGAAACAAUGCAGUCACCCUGGUGAACCUGUGAAUGGGAAAAUUAUUUCCCUAACAGAUGUCCUGUUUGGGUCAACGGUGGUCUAUGGCUGUGAGGAAGGGUACAGGUUAAUUGGACAGUCCAGCAGGCGGUGUGAGAUUUCUGGUGGACGUGUUGCGUGGAGCGGCGACGUUCCCAUUUGCCAGCGUAUUCCUUGUGAGCCACCCCCGGACAUUCCCAAUGGGAAGCACACGGGCAGGCUGCUGAAUGAAUUCUUCUAUGGCAUAGCUGUAACAUACACCUGCAACCCCGGGUUCCCACUCCACGGAGAGCCCUCCAUCCACUGCACCACCCGGGACGGGAAAAACGGCGUGUGGAGCGAGCCCAUCCCCACCUGUGGAGAGGCAAAUUGUCCCGUCCCGCGGGUCCAGAACGGGAGGAUCGUGUCUCCUAGAUCUGCCUACUCCCACCAGGACACCGUGACCUUUGAGUGUGAGCCAGGCUUUGUCCUGCGUGGCCACAGAGUGGUCCAGUGCCAACCCAAUAACACCUGGGAGCCACCCGUGCCAGUCUGCACUCAGGCUGGCUGCAGUGCACCUGCCAGGCUGGAGUUUGCUGAGCUGAAGGAGCCCCUCAACAACCAGACCGUCUUUCCCGUGGGGAGGACAGUGGAAUACGUGUGCCGGCCGGGGUAUUCCCAGCACCCAGGGAUGCCACCAUCCAUCACAUGCCUCAGGAAUCAGACGUGGUCUGCGGUGCUGGAGUUCUGUAAAAGGAAGCAGUGUCCUGACCCAGGGCACCCAGUGAAAGGCAGAGCUGUUGUCCUGACAGACCUCCUCUUCGGGUCCAAAAUUAACUACACUUGUGACGAAGGGUACAAGCUGGUUGGAAGCUCUCAGAGGACGUGUGAGGUCUCUGGCACACGUGUCUCGUGGAGUGGAGAUGCUCCUGUCUGCCAGCGGAUCGUCUGCGCUCCGCCUCCAGCCAUCCCCCACGGGACACACAGCGGGCACUCGAGGGACACCUUCUCCUACGGGGACGUGGUCACCUACACCUGUGACUCCGGGCACUCUCUGGCAGGAGAUCCCUCCAUCCUCUGCACCUCCUCAGACGGGGAGCACGGAGUGUGGAGCGGGCCAGUGCCGCGGUGCCAAGAGGUGAAGUGUCCUCCCCCUCCAAGCAUUCCCAACGGGAAGCACAGUGGUCAGCCCUCGGACACGCACCUCCCUGGCUCGGCUGUGCAGUACAGCUGCUCAGAGGGCUUCUCCCUCAUCGGGAACGCCUCCAUUCUCUGCACAGCCAGUGGAACGUGGAGCCGGCCCCGGCCCCGGUGUGAAGCAAUUGGCUGCAACAGACCAGAGAUUGAGAAUGGAAGAACGACUGGGCUGGAGGCCACGUACAGACUCGGGGAUGUCGCUGUCUUCCAGUGUGAUUUUGGUUAUGCCUUGAAGGGCUCUCAGCAGUCUCGCUGCCAGUUUGGGGGCAAGUGGGACCCUCCUCUCCCCACCUGUGAGAAGAUGCUGCGGUGUCCUUCCCCUCCAAAUAUCAAAAAUGGCCAUCAUGACAGCAAGGAUGUGGAUGUGUUCAUCCCUGGAAUGUCAGUGAAGUACUACUGUGACCCAGGGUAUGUCCUCACUGGGAAGACAACAGUUUCUUGUUUGACAUCUGGAUCCUGGAGCAUCCCUUACCCCCGGUGUGAAGUGAUCACCUGCACCAGCCCCAGCAUCCGGGACGGGGAAGUGGCUGAAGGCCGGAGCUCUGUGUACCAUCCUGGGGCCAACGUCACCUUCCAGUGCCACCCAGGCCACGUCCUGCGGGGCAGCCAUGCAGCCAAGUGCCAGCCCGACGGCCGCUGGGUGCCUGCUGUGCCCACCUGUGAGCAAGUGGUGCUCUGCCCUGAGCCUCCUGUCAUCGCCCACGCCACGCACGGCGCGGAGCUCGGGGCAAACUUCACCAGCGGCGCGUCGGUGAACUACAGCUGCCAGCCUGGCUUCUCCCUCCUCGGAGACCCUUCCAUCUCCUGCACGGCCUCGGGGAGCUGGAGCCUUCCAUACCCACGCUGUGCAGCUGGAUGUGGCACUCCAACAAAGUUAUUGUUUGCUGAGCUAAACAAGGAGUAUAAAAAUCAGACUGAGUUUCCUGUUGGGAAGACGGUGGAAUAUACUUGUCGGGCUGGAUACGUGAAACAUCCACAAAUACCACCAACUAUUACAUGUCUUGAAAAUCAAACAUGGUCCGAAGCCCAGGAGUUUUGUAAAUUGCUGCAAUGUCCUUCACCUCCAGCUAUUGACAAAGGAAAUCACAACAGCCAGGACUUGGAAGUUUUCACCGCUGGGAUGGUUGUAAACUACAGCUGUGACCCUGGGUACAGCCUCCUGGGAGAGGCAUCGAUCUACUGCACCGACUCUGGGAACUGGAGCCUCCCUCUCCCUCGCUGUGCAGGUGGCUGUGGUGCACCCCCGAACUUCACCUUUGCUGAGCUAUCCAAGGAACACAGAAAUCGGGUGGAAUUUGCUGCUGGGGACACCGUGCGCUACAGCUGCCAGCCGGGAUUCACGAGACGCCCCGGAGUGCCCCCAACUCUGACUUGCCUCAAAAACCGCACGUGGUCUGAAGCGCUAGAGUUUUGUAAAAGGAAGCAAUGCACAUACCCAGAAACACCCAAGAAUGGCAGAGUUGUUGUUCUGACAGAUCUCCUUUUGGGGUCCACCGUGAGCUACACGUGUGAAGAAGGGCACCGGCUGGUUGGACAGUCUCAGAGGAGAUGUGUGAUUUUUGGACGAGAUGUCACAUGGACUGGUCUUCCUCCCAUUUGUCAAAAGGUGACCUGUCCACUCCCACAGAUCCGGAAUGGGAGAGUAACUCUUCUUAAACAUCGCUACACAUACAAAGACACUGUCACUUUUAAGUGCCGUAAAGGUUUCACCUUGCGAGGCCAUCACACCUCCCAGUGCCAAGCUGAUAAAUCCUGGGGUCCACCUCUCCCUGUCUGCGAGCAGGGUAAGUCUCAGCACUUGGAUUCAUCAGCAUUGCAGAUUCCUCCCUGGUUUCUACUCAACAAAGCCAAAGUUGCCUUUAUUUUUCCUGUUUGUUCCAACCAUUUAAAGGAGAAACCAGCACUUGCUCCUUUUGUUUAUGCCUCUCUUUUCGUGCAGGAGGUGAACCAGGGGUUGGUGCUGCACUGCUCCAGGCCUGCAGAUAUCACUCAUGGGUCUCUCAGCAGCCCAGUAAAAGCAGUUUUUACUCCUGGAACAUCUGUAAGCUACAUCUGUGAUCCUGGCUUCUCUCUCCUUGGGACAGCAUCCAUUUAUUGCACACCAUCUGGAGCCUGGAGCCAUCCUCCUCCUGUUUGUCAAGCUGUGAAGUGUCUCCCUCCUCCAAACAUCACCAAUGGGAAGCCCAAAGGCAACACCUCUCACACUUUUCCCUAUGGAGCAUCUGUAUCCUACAGCUGCAAUCCUGGUUAUUCACUCAUUGGGAAUGCUUUUAUCAACUGCACGGUGUCAGGAACCUGGAGCCAGCCUCUUCCUCACUGCAAAGAGAUCAGAUGUGAAUUCCCAGAUGUUCAAGGUGUUAAGAAAGCCAUUAAAGGAAACACUUAUCGUUCUGGGACCAACAUCACUCUUGAAUGUGAUGAUGGUUACAUGUUGGAAGGCGUCAGUCAGACUCAGUGCCAAGAGGAUUUCAGCUGGGACCCUCCUGUGCCAGCCUGUAAACUGACAUCACACAAGUCUGGGUCAGUAGGCCUCGGAGUCGCAGCUGCAGGAGCUCUGCUGCUCCUGGGGGCAGGCAUUGUCUGGAAAAUAGUUUCCAAGCAGAAGGAAGGGUAA